UAUCAUCUAUACCAUCGACACUCAUUAACGACCGACUCUCUUUUGUUUGAAUACAAUCACAUUCCAGCUCUUCUGCCCAGCUCAUUCAGUCAUUACCCAACAACACCAGUCAGUUCGACUUCUCAUUCCUCUCCUCGCUUUUUGCAUUCCUCCCAUUCCUCACAGAAACCAUUCCCCCUCUCUCCCUCCCUCCCUCCCGUUAAGUUUCUCAGGCACAGCAAGUUAAUUGGCCAGUCCUAUCACCCCUGUUUCUCGUUUAUUUCGUUUAUUUCGUUUAUUUCGAUUAAGCAUUUUUUCACACAAACCUCCGCAAUGGACAAAAUUUCGUCAUCGAACUACCCGCUGCCCUCUCCCAAAAUGGUCAGGUCCAACCUGCCCGAAGAAUGCCUUGUCAUGAUUUUCCAGCAUCUGCGUCAUGACCGGUCCACUCUCCAUGCUCUCCUUCAAGUGGACCACCAAUUCUUCCGCUUGGCUGUCCCCGUUCUCUACAGAUCCCCCUUUCGAUUACUUGAAUCCAAAGCAGAGUCAUGGUCGUGGGUCGAGAGAACACAGCGACAGGUUCUCCUGCUGCAAUUGUUUAUGCGUGCUGUCCAGAUCAAGCAAUCAGAUCGAUUAGAGGGCAAAUAUGCACUGAGGCAGCGGCGAAUGCAGCAGCAGGAUAGAAUGGACAACGAUAACGAUAUCUACCCGCACCGGAUCAGCACUCACACUAAAGAUUCUUGCGACAAAGACAAAAAAAAGGCCAAGGACAGCAGCAAGGCUGGAACAGAGACGGUGAAAGGGGAUGAUCCUGCAGAGGAGAAACAGCAGCUGACCAGGUCCUUGCGCUUCAGCACCACGCUCUCGAAGAGGAGGAAACAGCAGUGGUGGUCCAAGAGACGCACCUCCACGUCCCCAUCUCCGUCCCCAUCUCCGUCCCCAUCCCUGUCGUUCGGUCAAUCAUUCUCUCAGCCAUCUAUUUCAAAAAAGGAAAGCAAUCUUACUGAUGUCCCUGGGAAGGUUCAGGAAGGUCGACAGACGGGACUAACCCUUUUUCGCGAACACACACCUGCAGCCGCAUCAUCAACGGCAACACAAACGCCCACGACAACAACAGCAACGACGACUAAUGGUCUCUCUGAUUCAUCUGCUCAGCAAACAGCCAAGCAACGACAACAGCAACAGGCUUCAACUGUAUAUGUCUCUCUGGAUGGUAGCACGCAAUCUACGGAUCUAUUUAUGUCGAUCCCUGGAGAGUAUCACAGCCAACCCUGGCGCAGCAAUCUACAGAGUGACCCGUUCCCGAAACCCAACCUUCUAGAUUGGGGGAGCCGCCAAUCAAGAGACCAGCGCCAUGUCAGUAUCUAUCUUGGUCCAUCUCGGAUCUCUGACACGUGCGAGCACAGUGACUCUAACGACACACCUGCAAGCGACGAUCCAUUUUUUCUAGGGGAAGCCUCAGACAGUUCGCUCACAGAUGAGGAGGACACGGACCACUAUGACCGCCAUCAGUUUUCUGCAGACUCUACGGACAUCGAAUACGACUAUGAUGCCCAGCACGAGGACUCGUUUGUGGAGACAAUCUUUUCGCCAGGACUCACCACUCUUGACCCUCAGCUUGGUCCUUUCAGUCCGAAAAAAGAUAAUAGCGGCACUAGAAACUGGGCGCAGACACUUCAGCAGCGGCUAGGCAGCAUCAGCGGAAGUAAUGACGGUGGCUACAGCUGUCAGGAGUCGGCAUCCGCCAUGGACACACGUUUGAUGACUGACUAUUUGGCCUACUAUGUCGAGCACGACCAUCCGCGGCUGGCGCGAGUUCUCCCCUCCAUCUUUCCCAAUCUUCCUGCAGAGAGCUUUGACCAACUGCUUACAUCAAAGGUACCCUCUGCAGCCGCUCCGUCUUCAGAAGGAUCCUCAUCCCCGAGUCAUCCUAUGCUCAGUAUCUUUCACUCGCUCCAGCAAUCGCAUAAGACCGCCCAGAACCUAGAGAGGGCGCACUCGGCACACAUCCGAGUGGAAAGGGAUCUGCUACACCAUUCUCCACAGAGAAUCAGGACACUCUCACUGUCGGCAUCUCGGAUCCAAGCUAUUACUCCUCCACCGCAGCGCCACCCUCUUCCCUCGAAGACUGGGUCUCGGUCGAUGCUACCAGGCCGACUUACUGUAUCGCCGUUUUCAUCGUUAAUGUCUCUCCUUUCCUCGUCACCGUUCUCAAAAUCCUCGACCGCCCCUGUAUCUUCGGCCUCAUCGUGGCACUCCUCCGCGUCAACCUCGACAGUGUUCUCGUCCCUGUCAGACCACUCUACUACGCCAUCCUCCAUUUGUGCGGGUUCAUCCUAUUCAUGGACGGGUGUACCUUCGCUUAGCAAGCUGAACCGCCUUUAUCGGGUCGAGCUGUACGACAUUCAUCACGAUUUUGAUGUCGAGGCCGUCGUCAGUUUCUUUACGCUGCAUGACAGGACCUACGACACUAUUCGAGAGGUCAAGGUGGGUGGACCAAACGAUCUUGGACGAUGGAGCCAUCCAGGAGUAAUCCAGAUCCUACAGGCCCUGAGGACUGUCAAGCUGCUGGACAUGAUCGAGUGGAGGGAGGCGACAAAGUACUUGGAUCAGAUCCCGACUCGACAUUUGGAGACGCUGCUCUUGGGGAAUGUGCGGAUGACUACGAUACAGGGCUCAGACUCAGUGACCAUGUCCAAUGCGAACAACGACGACAACACAACUAGCAAUACGGCAAAUGAGGAGGAAGAAGACGAAGAAGGACAACAACAUCCACAGAUUCAGGCUUUACAGCGAUGCAGACAGCUCCGGGAGCUACGGAUGCCAGUACUGAUCGAUGGUCUCUUCGAAUGGGCCGUUCAGGAGCGUCAGCAUCGAGUCGAGUCGAUCUCCCCCUCCACAUGCCCAAGCCCACGUGUCUCUCGAACCUAUGCAUCAUUCCACUACCUCAGAGAGGAUGAUCCUAGCCCCGUGCGACUGGAGAACGUUCACUUGAGCGGGACGAGCACUGGCCCGCUGAUCUCGACGUUGAUCCAUGUGGUCGAUGCCUUUCGGGAUUCGAUCCAGGUGUUGCAGAGCACCUCGUGGAUGGAUUCGACCGAGACACUGUCCUGCUGCCUGAAUCUGUCUUGGACGUGGUGUCUGCCGCAGCUGCAGGUGUUGGAUCUGCAGGGCGAGAUUGCGUUUCGGUUUCGGAUUCAGACAUUGCAGCACUGUUCGAUGCUUCGGGUAUUAAGGCUGUCGCUCCCACAUUCAGUGUUGCGGUCAUCGACUGCGCGAUCUGUGGUUGCAACGGGGCAACAUGAUGAUGACGAUGCUGCUGCUGCUGUUGAUGUGCAUCCUUUGACGAGCGGCGUGGCAUGCGAACGUAGAGAACAGCCGUUGUGCUCUCUUGCAGACUAUUUUGGUCGUCAAGUCAGCCCUAUCCCGUCACAGUGCAGCAGCGUUGUUAAUGGUAACAACAGCAGUACGCCCUUUCAGAGGCUACAGGAACUCAAGUUAGUCGGAGAUUGGGGUCUGACGGAUGAGUCGCUGCUAGGAAUUGCGGAUGCGAUGCCAAGACUAACACGGCUGUCGCUUCUGCGGUGUGAUAAUGAAGCACUGACAGCCCAAGGGUUAAUCCACGCGUUGCCGAGUCUGCGACAGCGACCGCAAGAGCAGGAAAGAGUAUAUCGGUGUCGGGUUAGGUGGUUGCAGGUUAGCAAGGGUUGGCAGGGUGAGCUGGAGGCAGCAUUGGCGGAUCGGGACAAGUAUAAGGACCUUGUGGAUGCGGUGGAGGGAGGUGUGUGUCCACUUGAGAUCGCCUAUCAGUACUAAAAAUAAAAUGAGAUAGUGGGCGUAAUAGCUGCUUUCAUGAGUACAAAAAAAUUUUGUGUAUUUUUUUUUCUCAGGAAGAAAAAAGCCUUUUUUCUCUCUCUGUAAUAAUGAGUAGCGCAGAGAAUGGCGGAAGUGAAGAAAAUAAAAAUAAAAACGAGACGAGACAAAAGAAGGAUGUAGGGAAAGAAAGGAAUGCGGGAGAAGUAAUUGAUCGCUCCUCAUGCAGAUUAUAUUUUGC